AUGGCACGGGAAAGUGAGAAUGCACCGCCGGUUCCACGGUCGCUGCCUCCGCCUUAUACAGCGGCGGGUGUGCAGACGAAAGAGUUGAGAACCCACGCCUCCGCCUUCGCCACCACCACGGAGCUCCUCAUCGGCCCAAAACCCACCCGCUUCCUCCUGCACACGCACCUCCUGACCUCGCAAUCCCCCUACUUCCGCGCCUCCCUGCUAGGCCCCUUCCUCGAAUCCGCCACCAACAGCAUCACGCUCCCGGACAUCGACGUCCCCAUCUUCGAACUCCUCGUCUCGUGGCUCUACACGGGCUCCAUCACUCCUCUGCCCUUCAAGGACGGGAAACCCGCGUACUACACGCUGCUCCACCUGUGGAUCGUAGCCGACCGAUUAUGCUUCGAGGGACUCCGGAACCAAGUCGUCGACACGAUUGCCGAGCUGGCGGACCGCACCAACAGCGUGCUGACGCCCAGCGAUACGCGGAUUCUCUACAGCGAUGCCGUGCGCUCCUCGUCGCCCCUCAGAGCGCUGGUGCUCGACCUGUUCGCGUUCAAGAAGACGGAUAAGUUGCUCGCCGAGCAUGAGGAUCGGUGGCAUGCCGGCUUUCUAAGGGACUUGGUCGUGCUGUUGAAGAAACCGGUGCCUCAGGCGGUGCAGAGACAUAGGUUGGUCAUGUGGUUCCCUGCCGCGUGGGCGACGACGCAGGCGUGUGAGGGGUGUAGGACGGUGGUGCGGCCGAGGUGUGCGAGUGUGAGGUGUGAGGAUUGUGGGGUGGGGUGAUGUGCCAGGUGCGUCGGGGAGGGGGUGGGGAUGGCGGGAUGGGAGGAUGGGAGUCCGGGGAGGUUUGUUUGGGUGAGGGGGGAGGAGGUAGGUGGAGGAAGUUUAUUGGAUGGGGUGUUGACGCCUGGGGAGGGGACUAGGAGUGCAAGUGAGGAGAGGCGGACCGGGGAUAAUACCGUGGCGGCGUGGAGCGCGCUGGCUUUGACGGGAGACGGCGCGAGGGAGAAGAAGGUUAGGGUGAGGAAGUGGCAGAGUUGUAAACCGUGGAGGGGUUCGAGGUGUGCGAUUUACCAUGAACAUAAAGAGACGGAGAGGUGUGGGGACAUUUUCAUGGGUCGUU